AGAACGGCAAUGGAAGUGUAAUCGGUGCUGCAGCUCCAUCACUGCUCCACUGACAGGUCUGUGUUUAUUUACUCUCGCUGCGUGAAUUGCAACGCUUCUACCACGAAAUAGAAUAAUAUCCUGAAUAAAAGUGGUUGAUCAUGGUUGAUGACGGCACACGAAAAGCGCUGAGUGGCAUUCCGCUGCUGAAGACGAAGGCGGGCCCAAGAGACAAGGAGCUUUGGGUGCAACGAUUGAAGGAGGAAUAUCAGGCGCUUAUUAAGUAUGUACAAAACAACAAAGCAUCCGACAUGGACUGGUUCCGGUUAGAGUCAAACAAGGAGGGCACGAAAUGGUUCGGCAAGUGCUGGUACAUGCACAAUCUGCACAAGUACGAGUUCGACGUAGAGUUUGAUAUCCCAAUUACGUAUCCAACAACCUCGCCCGAAAUUGCACUGCCCGAGCUGGACGGCAAGACGGCCAAAAUGUACCGUGGAGGCAAAAUCUGUCUUACCGAUCACUUCAAACCACUGUGGGCAAGGAAUGUGCCCAAGUUCGGUAUUGCACACGCGAUGGCAUUGGGGUUGGCACCUUGGCUAGCAGUGGAGGUUCCCGAUCUAAUAGAGAAAGGCGUCAUAUCGUACCAGGAAAAGGGAUCAGCAUAGGAAAGGCAGCAUCAAUCCCCGUUUUAAUCCACGUUCCACUGCUACCGGGAAAAGCCUAACGAUUGUGAAUUAUUGCUUUUUUUAUUUACACUUUUAUCGUUAUUUUCUUGUUUGUUUUGAAAGCUCAGAAAAGAAAGUGCAUACGGUUUCGCUUAUAUUUACGCUACUGUCCAUACAGCAGUCAUUAAACGUAUAAAAAUGAAAGAAGUCAA